AUGGUCAAACCUGGAGUCCUCUUCAUUGCGGAGCCAGAUUCGUCAUCUAGAUUAUACGCUACAGUCAUAAAGGAAGAAUUUCAAGUGGAAACUCUUGAACUUAAUUAUAGUGAUCCAGAAUCUUUCUUGACAUACUUAUGCGAGACAUUUGACUCUAAAUCUAAGCCUUUGACAGCAAUAUACGGUGGAUUCCCUGCUUUCCACGUAAUAGGAGGUCUGACGAGUGACAUAAUCGAGGACGCCCGUUUUCCUAAAGAUACUUUGAAAUGCAUUGUGUUGUGUUCUCGAGGUGUUAAUGGUAUCGAUCUUGCUGCCUUGAAGAAAUACGACAUCAAGGUGUACAACUACACUGAUGAAGAAGGGCCUGAGACAUAUGGCGUUGAAGCUAUCGAAAAAAUUGGUCUAGUGAGUAAUGAUGUAGCAGAUUGUGCGUUGUGGCAUGUUUUGGAGGGUUACCGGAAAUUCUCAUACCAGCAACUAAAUUUACGCAAAACUGGCAAUACGCUGAAUGCUAGACGCAGUGCUGCUGGUAAAAACCCGCUAAGUGCAGAUUUCAUGUUUGGUCAAGAGUUAAAAUCAUAUGACGUAAGAUCUCCCAAAGGUCAAAAAGGAUUGAUUUUGGGUUUGGGCGGCAUUGGGAAACAAAUUGCGCUCAAGUUGCAUUAUGGCCUGGGUAUGGAGAUCCAUUACGCUAAACGCAAUUGUGAUCCCACGGUUUCAUGGUUAUUUCACGAACUAAACGAUUCAUUAUAUUCCAAGCUUUCACAGUUCACCACAAUUGUAGUGGCCUUACCAGGGACACUAGACACAAGACACCUUAUCGACACAAAAUUUUUAAGCCACUGCAACGAUAAUUUGGUAAUUGUCAAUAUUGGCAGGGGCACUAUUUUCGAUCCGCAAGCCAUCGAGAGCGCAAUUUCAAAGAAGCAGAUCAGACAUUUUGGUUUAGAUGUUUUUUACAACGAACCCGAGGUCGAGAGCUGUCUUUUAGCUGACGAUGAAUCUGUCACGAUCACGCCCCAUAUUGGAAGUGGCACCAAAGACAAUUUCUACCAAAGCUGCGAGUUUGCAUUGAAUAAUAUUUUAGAGGUAGUGAUUCAUGGGUCUCCGGGGUAUUCGCGAGUCAAUUAG